AUGGUUGCAGCGAACAACUCACGAACGGGGGAACUCCCGGAAGUGCGCUACUUGGAAAUACUCGAAGAAGGUGCCAACAUUUCGGUGGAUUACGGUGACAUCGAACUGCCCGAAUGGUACGACGAUGCGAAGAUUAAAAGAGCGCAGGAAUUUUUCAAGCGCAACUUUUAUGCCAUGUUCGUCGGGAAGCUGUGCGGACUUCUUGCCAUCGUUACGGUGCCAUCGAUUUUGCGCAUCUUGGUCCACACGAAUCAGUCGUCCGAGCCGCGAACGGCUUAUCGUCGUUAUGUCGCAACCGUGAUGCAUACACUCGAAUGGUACUACGAGGACAUGGUACCCACGUCGAGAGCAUGGAAAUCGAUCACAUUUGUAAGAAAAACACAUGCCGGUGUAAGCAAACAGGCGGCAACCGUUCGACCAGGAAUGAUCAUUUCUCAGCGCGACAUGGCGAUCACACAGUUUGGUUUCGUUGGCUAUGCUAUUAUUAGCUAUCGCAAGAUGGGCAUACAGUUCGACUCGAAGGAUAUGGAAGCUUUCGUACACUUCUGGCGCGUUAUUGGACACAUGAUGGGCAUCGAAGAAAGAUUUAAUGCCUGUACGGAUCGGUUCGAAACGACGGAACAGCGGAUGUCAUUGAUAGCGAAUGGAAUAUUGAAACCGGCAUUACUAAACCACACGGACGAUUUUGUUAAGAUGGGCAAAGCGCUCAUCGAAGGUUUGUGGUGUUUCAACCCAUUUAUCGAGUACGACAGCUUCCUGUUUCUCACCAUGCGGUUUAACAAUAUACCCGGUUACCACUACUGGGACGAUGAGGCAAUCGCGGAUGCAAGGGAGUCCACACGAAAGGUACGCCAAUACGAGCAUUUUACCCGCUACGCCCGGUUCUUGCUGUAUUGUGUGUGCUACAUCCAUUCGGUACUGUUAAAUAUUGCCUUGUUCCGGUGGUACUUUAACUCGCAGAUGGUUUUGUCCCGGUUCUUGAUCACGUACUUCCCGUUCCUUGCCUUCUAUCAGUUUGGUGUGACAGACUCGUAUGUUCAGAUUUUAAAGUAA